AUGCGGGGAGGGCAGAGCAGCACUUUCGACUUGAAAUGUUUCGAAGACCGAAACGAAUACUCCGGAAGGGCCCACUCAGUGCAAGGCAAGUUUGAGAUCCCUUUCCCAGUGAUACUGUUCAUUGCUCCCAUACUGCUGUACUUGUACCUGGGUUGUGCGUUUCCGGACACCUUCUUCUCCCCCUUUCCUAUCUCGCGCAGAGUUCGCUCUCGUGAGCAUGUGGACACACACACGGCAACAGUGAAGAAGCUUUCCGAGGAUGCAAAGGCUGCGCUAAAGCAGCAGAAAGAAAUCCCCAAGCUCGAGCAGGAAGGCCUCGUGGAGGACCCUUCCGUAAAUGGCCCACUCUCCCCUGCUUCCAAGCCGUCGCUGAAGGUGGAGGAGAUGAACUUCGCCGUGGAGAUGCAUGGGUUUCAAUGUCUUGUAUACACGAGCCAGGCAAGAGAUGCGAAAUACAGACCGAAGAGCAAUAUCGAUGUCACAUGGGUCACUCAACUGACGACAGAUAGGAUCCCAGUGUUCAAGAAGAUGUUGGAGAGGUGGACUGGGCCGAUCUCUGCAGCCCUGUACAGUCAAGAUGUCAGCAAAGACACAAAGGAUAUUGAAGAUUUACUCGAUCGAGUGGACUUUCACAUAGUCGGGGCUUCGCAAGGCUUGUAUCCCGUGAACACGCUGAGGAAUGUUGCGAUCAACAAAGCAAACACGGAUUUCAUUAUCUUGGCGGACGUAGAUUUUGUGCCGAGCGAAGGCAUUUACGAAGCCACAAAAUCAUUUGUUGAGAAGCUUGCUUCCACUGGAGCAGCUCAUGACAAAAAAGUCUACGUGCUGCCGGCGUUCGAGAUUGAUGGGGCAGAUCAGACGGUCCCACCAAACUUCGACGAAUUGCAGAAGAUGGGAAGUCGCAUUCAUCAGGUCCACAAUGAUAAAGGACGGGACAUUGCGCACAAAUACACUCAGUAUGACAAGCGACAGAUCCAUACAGAAUAUCCUACAGCUCCUCGCACGAUCCCAAGGUUUGAUGUGAGAUUCUUUGGCUACGGCAAUGAUAAGGCCAGCCACAACUACGAACUAAAUGCUGCGGGUUAUGAAUUUUGGGGUUUUCCGAAACAUUUUGUUGUACACAUUCGGCAUUCUCAGGCUUUCAAGAACUCUGACAACAUUCCUUCAUGA